GAGUUGUGUCACACUAGAUGACGUCUCCCGAUGCGUCUGUGCCUGUGCAGCUGGGUGUCGUUGGCAGGAGAGUGUGCGUAGAAAAAGACGACACUGGAUGGUGGGUGAGCAAAAUCGGAGGUCAGCCGAAUUAUUUUGCCCGACCUCCAGAUGUCGACCUCAUUUGUUGCAGAAGAUGUCAACAUGGAUUAACAUUGAUUGUGCAACUCUAUUGUCCCAUAGAGGGAUCCAAGAACCACAGAUUGCUUCAUGUAUUUGCAUGCCUGGCCACAACGUGCCAGGGCCACAGUGAGAGGUUUUAUUUCUGUUGCAUUUUGUGUGGUUUGCUGCUAUCGAGGUGCUGCGUGAUUAUUAGCUGGUUAGUGUUGAGAUCAGAGAUGUUUGAAUUUUCGGAAGAAAAGGAUACACAGGAGAUGUUCGAUGAGGAUCAACAAAAAGGUCAUGCCAGCGACUGGUCUGAACUUGCUGAUGACUGGGAUAAUGACACGAGUGAAAAUCAAGGCGAUGCAGACGAAGAUGACUUACAGCUAUUCGAGGCUGCAUUAGAACGCAGACAGGAAUGGAGGACAGAAGCACAUAGUCCAAAGGUUGUCAGAGAAAAAUGCACAGCAAUAGACUGCAACCGCGAACUCGAACUACACGUACCAAGUUUCUACAUCGAUGCAAUGCAAGAACGCUACUCUUGCAAAAAUCCGACUUCUCACGAACUGGAGCUCAUGAGCAACUACGAAAUCGAACACGGAAUCAACCCGCAGCAGAUGGACGUUCGGUCAACGUCGGGAGACGACACGGAAUACUACGAGAAGGCGGCACCGGCCCACGGUGACAACGCAUUUCAAAAAUUCUACAAACGCAUCGAGUGCUGCCCGCAUCAGUGUCUUAGAUACAUACGGACAGGAUCGCCUCUCUGUAUUAGUAACCGACCCGAGCAGCAACCGCCGAAGGAAAUCCCUUUGUGUGGAUCAUGUCGAGGCACUCGGGUUUUCGAGAUGCAACUGAUGCCGGCGCUCGUUCAUAUAAUUCAGAGGAGCAGCUCGCUUGUAGAGAACCUCGAGUUCGGGACCGUUCUCGUGUACACAUGCAGCACGAGCUGUUGGAGUCCACCCGAUCAGACCGAGUCAAACUUCAGAGUCGAAUAUGCGUUCGUUCAAUCAGAAGACUGACGAUUCCAAUACCAAUAUGUAAACAUUCUUUAAACCUACAUUUGCAGAGCGCAUUACAACACGCCAACGGUUCAGUUCAUGACGCCUUCUCUGCCGCCUGUUCGGAUGGCAUGGUCCGGAUGAUGUCGGAAUCUCCCGGAUCAGUGAUGCUCAGAGUGCACACCCGGAAGUACUUGCCGCACGCCGUUCCCAACUCGAUGUUGUUGCCCGUGUAGUGAUGAACGCCCGUCUUGGCCAGCAUCGCAUAGUACUCUAUCUCGCUCUUUCGCAAUGGCGGACAAUUGUUGGCCAGAAUGACGAGCUUCGCCUUGCCCUGACGCAACGUCUUGAGCGUUUCUCUGUAUCCUAGUUUGUACUUGCCACUUUUCAUCA